GAACUACAGAAGUCUUGCAUAAAAUCCUUCAUCCUUAUUACAACAUUAGGCAGUUAAAAUGUUCUGUCUUUUCAGAGCUAACUUGUCUUUUCUCUUGUGGAUCUCUAUUGUGAAUAUUUGGGUUUUUCCAAGAAUCUCUUGUAUGCUGUCUGAGAAGUCUGAUUAUUGCCUUGUCAUGUUAAAUAACUGCUUGGCUGAAGUAGAACGAACUGAGGAACUGGCUUUCUUGAAACCGUUUUUGGAGAAAUCUUUCAUCAAGAGGUCCUUCAGAAAUGGUGUAGGAUCAGGAAUUAAAAAAACUUCCUCUCGAAGAGCAAAAUCCUAGCCAAGUGUACAAGGAAACGUCCAGUUAUUCAGUAUUAUCAAAUGUGAAGAGCAGAAUACCAAGAUCUGCAGAAACAUGAACUCCUAGAGAAGACCAUAUCCGCUGCUCCAUGUAUUAUUGUCAAAUGCUCUGCAUUUCUACUGUAAUUGUUAAAACUGCCACAUCAUUACUGUAUCUUUUAUUUCUGUUUUAGUGACACUGCCUAGGGGUCUUGGAUAAAUACAAAGUCAAUGUGAAAUAUGUGAGAUAUACAUUCAUCCUGCAUUGGAUUUAAGUUUCAGUAAAUAAUGAAACAUGUAACUUAUUUCCCGACAGAACACAUCACCAGCACCUCAUGCUGUAGGAAUCAGCAAUGCAUUUUGUGUACAUUACGCCCAGACAAAUACAGAGGGUGUAUGCACUACAUGAAUAAAAAAAUAUGCAUCUUCUCACCAGCUUUUUAACAUCCUGCCAAUUCAAUGGUAUGGACAUUAUCAACUAUAAAAUAUAAACUGUCACUUAUCUGUAUAAAUACCACCUCAUGUAUCCCUUGUAAAUAGCCGCAUCUAGUCAGACUACAUUGGUCAACAGAAGAAAAUAAAUAAAUAAAACAUUUACAGUUGAAUCAAAAUUAUGCAUUGUCAAUAAGGGCAUAAACAUCUCUUCCUCUCUCUCUCUCUCUCUCUCUCUCUAAUUAAAAUGAAUGGAUUUUUCCCUAGAUUGUUAAAUUGUGUCAGUUUAUAAUGAAAUAUGUUAUAGCAGUACAAAUGUAAUGGGUCCUCACUUUCUAUCACUGCUCAUUGAUGAAGAGAAACACUUUAAACAGUUUAACAUAACAUUACGUAGAUUAUAUUUUUAUUGCUGCUGGUUAUUACUGAUGACAGAAGAAUCAUUAAAAAUGUACCUUAUUGUAAAA